CUUGCACUUUCCCCAUCUCUCCACACCUUUCUCUCCCUCCUCCAUUCACCUCGCUGACGUACCUGACCUCACGAAAGCCUCUGCUCUCUACCACGACUGUCGCUCUCUAGCCCGUGUCUGCGCGCAAUCGGUUCUUAUUCUUCUUUGCCGCGCUUCCUGACGACGCUCCGGCGCAUUGACGCCCUCUCUCGCCCCCACCCCAUCUCAACGACCUUUCUGCCGAGUCUUCGAGCACUCCAUCAUCAGCACUGCCGCUUCUCUUUGCACAAAGGGCAAGCGCGAUAGAGUCGGGCUCUCUCGCGUACGGGCGACUGGCAGCUGCGGCAUUGGCAGUUGGGCAAGAUGAAGCUAUGUGGCGGAUCUAAGACGGUGCAGCGCAAGCUGGUAUUAUUAGGCGACGGCGCAUGCGGCAAGACCUCCCUCCUUAAUGUCUUCACCAGAGGCUACUUUCCCACCGUGUACGAGCCCACCGUCUUCGAAAACUACGUCCACGACAUCUUCAUCGACGAUGUCCACGUCGAACUCUCCCUCUGGGACACGGCGGGGCAAGAGGAAUUCGACCGUCUACGCAGCCUGAGCUACGACGACACACACGCCAUCAUGCUGUGCUUCAGCGUCGACUCGCCCGAGUCGCUGGAGAACGUGGAGAGUAAGUGGGUGGGGGAAAUCGCAGAGAACUGCCCGGGGGUGAAGCUGGUCCUCGUUGCACUGAAAUGCGACUUGAGGGGCGAGAGUGGAGACGAUGCGGACGAUGCGGCGGCGGCACAGGAGGCCAAGCGGCCAUGCAUCGAUUACAAGCAGGGGCUGGCGGUGGCGGAGAAGAUUCGGGCGUUGAGGUAUCUGGAAUGCUCGGCGAAACGCAACCGCGGCGUCAAUGAGGCCUUCACCGAAGCCGCGCGCGUGGCAUUGACGGUCAAGGCGAAGAAUGAGAAGCAAGGCGGCAUGAAGUCAUGUAACGUCAUGUGAGGAGGAGGAGGAGGAGGAGGAGGAGAGGCGACGGUCCCGACACCUCGCACGUCCUUUGAUGUUUUGCAAAAGCAUAUACCCUUUGAUAUCAUCCGCGCCCCCUUGUAUGAAGGGGCGCGUGGAUUGGCGCGGCGUUGAUGGGAGGAUUGCACUUUUUGGGCUUAUUCUAGCUCUGGCGCUGUUGGUGUUAGCAGUCGAGAGAUAGGAUCAGAGAAAGAGGAAGAGCUAAUCGUCGAGUCCAAUGAUCAGAGUCACUGUGUUGCCGUGCCUGAAAC